AUGGGGUGCCUGGUCUGCCUUCAACCUGCAAUUAGAAAUCGGGUGUGCCCGUCUCGCGCUGCAUUGCUGCAACUUGUGCCAUUUGGUGGUGGUGUGACAGAUGCUGCUGUUGUAGUGGCACGAGGCCGGUCCAUGCCGGGGCGGCAGAGGAGUACACAUGCAUGCGCGUGUGUGCAAGGCAUAAGACUCCUGGAUCGCUGCGGUGGCGGCAGUGCCAGUGCUGAUGCUGGUAGUCGCGCUUGCCUGCGGCCACGUCUGUCCGAGCGUCGGCUUAUAAACCAUCACUGUGUGCAACGAGCGGUGGCUGGGGAGAGUGCCGUGCCGUCCCGUGCCGUGGCGCGCGGUGGGUGGAGCGUGUGCCGGUUGGCUGGCUCACGGUGUGCUGGCGCUGUCGAAUCCGGUGGCGUGGAGUUUGCGGUUGUGCUGCUGCAGCGACUGCAGUGCGGUCAGCCGUUGUACUGUGCUGUGGCGUUGAUGCGCGUGUACGCCAGUUGUGCCAGUAGGUUGGCGGGUGGUGAUGCGGUUGCAGUCUACGCAGUCCACGGACCGUGGCCCAGUGUGCGGAUGGGCAGGUGUAAGUGGGUGGGUGGGUGGGUGCGUGAAUAUGCGGAGGGCGGGGUGGAAUGGGUGGUCGGUGGAUCCGAGGUUGCGGUCUGUGCUAUGCGUGUCGGACGGGCGCCGGAGCAUGCCACUCGUCUGUGGGCCUUGCAGUCAGUGCACUUUCUCCGUGGCGAACACCACGACCGGUGGGAUUGCCAGUCUGCCGUGGUCGAGUCGUGCCCGGCUGGUAGUCCUUCUCCUCCACCUCCUCGCUCGAUUGGUGGGUGGGAUGGAUCAGGUGGGCACGAUCGCGGACAGGUGAGUGGACGGUGCGGUGGUGCUCCGGUGCUGCUGCGUGCUAUCAUGCGCUUCCUGUCAACGAGCUACUGUUGUCUGGUGUGCUGUGACCGCACUGUUGGUGGCUCGGCGGGCUGCGGUGGUGUAGGUGACUGUGCAAGGCAUCGGUUUUAUCCGCCUCAUUCGUUUGUUCGUUGGUACCUUCGAACGGGCGGUCAUGGUAUCCGGCACGCACGUCACAGGUGUAGUGGAGUGGGUCGCGAGGCUGUUUGUCGGCGUGGGGCGUGGCUAUCGUGUUGCCUGCAGAAUGCGGGUUUGCCGGUGGUCCGUCGUCGCUUGUCACGCCACCUGACCCGUCUUGAAACACGGACCAAGGAGUUUAACAUGUGUGCGAGUCAAAGGGUGCGCUCGAAACCCCGAGGCGUAGUGAAAGUGAAGCCGGCGUCGUACGCGCGCGCGGUGCGGUGCGGCGAGCGUGCGGCCGGCCAGGCUGGUGCAGGCCUAUCGAGCAGUGGGCGCAUCACCGGCCCGUCCUAUGGUGCGGUCAUUGGUGUGCGUUGGCGUCGUCGCGUGUGCGACUGCGCCAGCUAG